ACGGAUUUCGUCACCAUCGCUACUCUGAACUCUCUACGACUGUGAAUGUGACAGUGUGAGUAGGCCGGCUGGGACUGGAAAAAGGAGUGCGAGGAAUAACGUGUAAGGUAGUAAGCAGACACGAUGCAAGUAUUACUGCCACUCCCAAUCAGAGGACCCCUUCUGAUAGUGCUCCAGUGUGUCUUAAUGGGCAUAGGGAGUGAGACGGAGGGAGGCUUAUUGGAAACCUCACAGUCGCGUUAUGAGCGCGCCGUCUCUUUAACAACCCCACCGGCAUGUGAGAGUCAUCUUCGCCCAGAACAUCUGCAGGGAAAUGGCGGAACACUUGGACUCACUGAUUAUGACUUAAGUCAGAAUUGUGCUUGGAUGAUAACCGUGCCUGUUGGAAAAGUGAUUCGAUUCCACUUCCAAAGUUUCGCAGUGGAAGAUCACCUUUCCUGUGCCUAUGACUACGUCUCCAUUCACAACGGUGAAGACUUAUCGUCACCUAGACUUACUAAGCUAUGUGGUGUUCUGAGCGACCCAACCGUCUCUUUUAUGACGACCCACGAAGUCGGCUACGUCAUGUUCCGUUCUGAUUCGUCGAUAUCUGACCGAGGAUUUGUUGUUGUUUGGGAAGCUGUGGAUCCAAAUGCUGUUUUCAACCCAAUUGCCACAGCGUGCGGUGCAGCAGAAGGCUUGUCACUGUACGACUCACAAGGUUCCUUCGCUUCCCCAGGAUUUCCUGGCUUGUACCCCAGUAAUGCCAAUUGCAUAUGGCAUAUCCACCCAGAACCAGGGAGGAAAAUCCUCUUGUCUUCGAUCUCCAUGGACCUAGAGGGUCAUACCAGCAACAACUGUCUGUUUGACUGGCUCUUGAUUACCGGUAGCGGUGAUAGUGAUCAGAAAAAAUGUGGGGGAGAAUACACAGCCGUACUGUCCUCGAAUGACCUGACCAUCAAGUUCCAUUCUGAUGUCUCAGAAGAAGGCAGAGGUUUUCAGUUUUCAUACCGCACCGUUGAUUCUGUAGAUGAUGGUGGAAAUGGCUGCAGUGGAGAAACGCCAGUAUACAGUGUACCAGGCAUUCUGUCCCCGUUCGCAGGAGCCACAUAUGACAAUGGACUCAACUGUCGUUGGUCGAUAAAGUCGCAGACUGGGGAGGGGAUUCGGCUUAGAGCAAUAAUGUUCGACGUUGAAGCCGGCUCCAGUAGUUGCCCAUGGGAUCACUUAAAAAUAUAUGCAGGGUCCAGUGUUCAAGACAAAUUUCUGUUGGGUACAUGGUGUGGGAAAUUAAAUGAUAUCUCUGGUGAGGUUAAAACACAUAGCAACGAAAUGAUGCUCGUGUUUGAAACUGAUGGAAGCGUACGGAAGGCAGGGUUCGUUCUAAGUUACGACGUAAUAAAAGCUGGUGGUGUAGUUCAUGGCGAAUGGAGUUCAUGGAGUUCUUGGUCAACUUGCUCCGUCACUUGCGGUGAAGGGAUCCAAAACCGUGAGAGGCAGUGCGACAGCCCCCCACCAAGUAACGGUGGAAACACAUGUAGCGGCAGCGGUGACCAGUCCCGGCAAUGUAAUACAACUCCUUGUAUCGUCCACGGAGGAUGGAGCACCUGGAGUUCUUGGUCUAACUGUUCUGCCACAUGCGGGGGAGGGGUUCAGAGUCGUUCACGGCAAUGUAACGACCCACCUCCUAGUAGUAUAGGAAAUCCGUGCAGUGGCAUCAGUUACAAGUCUCGGCUAUGCAAUAUGCAGCCAUGCCCGGUCCACGGAGAAUGGGGUACUUGGGGCUCUUGGUCUAGCUGUUCUGCUACGUGCGGUGAAGGAACCCGGAGUCGUUUAAGGCAAUGCGACAAGCCACCGCCAACUUCCGGUGGAAACACGUGCAGUGGCAGCAACACUGAGACCAGCGCAUGCGCCAUGCAGUCGUGCCAGGAAACUUCAUGCCCACCCAGUGGUAACCCAGCUAUACUUACGGCUAUCUACGUACUGGAGCCAUUUCCAGGCGUUAACUACAACAACGGCUUGAAUUGCUUCUGGAUUAUUUUGGCAGAGGAAGAAACGUUGCUCAGUUUUGAAGAGUUCAACUUGGAGCAGGGUUAUGACUUUGUGUACCUGUACGCUGGAAAUUCCACAUCUGAUCAACAAAUAGCUAAACGCACCGGCAAUAAUAUUCCACAACCUAUCCUUUUGGAGAAAGGAACCACUACACUGAUGCGAUUCUAUUCAGACGGUUCUAUUGUGAGAAGCGGAUUUAAAGCACGUAUAUUUUCGUGCCUUCCGACUUCGCAGCAGUUCCUGUGUACAAAUGGGGAGUGCGUCGAUCCAGAUAACAUAUGCGAUGGCAUUCCACAUUGCCCGGACGCCGCAGACGAGGGGGUUCGAGCAGGUUGCGUGUUAAGUGGCUGGAGUCCGUGGACCGAUUGGACAGAUUGCACGAAUCCAUGUUCCCCAGGCAUGAUAACCCGGGCCCGGCGAUGCAACUCUCCUGUGCCGGAGAGUGGAGAGACGGACUGCAAUGGAGGCAACUUCCAGAUACAGGCAUGUGGCGCUGACUGCACAGGUCAACUAUCACCAUGGAGCCAGUGGGGCUCAUGCUCCGUUUCCUGUGGGACAGGCACAAAACAACGGGAGCGGUACUGUUUGGUCCCUGGCACUUGCGCUAAUUCGCCGUUGACAGAAACCUCCACCUGCACUGGCUCACCAAACUGCCCUGAAGCGAACGGUACGGCCUUGUCUGCUCUCCAGCACUAUUUUUCAGGUUGUUUCCCGUUGAUUGCGGCACCAACUAUAAUUCUAAAUGGAGAAAACGAAAAUUUGGAGUUUUCAAGGUAUUGGAAUGACUGGAAUUGUUACUGGAAGGUAGUAGGGCAUGAUAGGGUCAGAGUCGUUGUUGUGGAAAGAAGUAUAGAGGUUUCAUCACCCUGUCAAUAUGACUGGCUUGCCUUUUAUGAUGGAAACAUUGUAGCUGAUGAGUUCAUGAUCGAUUCAAAAGUAUGUGGCAACAGCACAGUUCCUGUGUCCAGUAUAGCCUCCUCCGGCAACGUGACCAUCCACUUUCACUCUGACUACUCUGUUGUUGGAGACGGGUUUCGAUUACGUUUUGAAAUAAUCUGUCUUGCCGGAAGGUUCGCAUGUGACAACGGGUUGUGUGUUGAUGAGGACAAACGUUGCGACGGUGUAACUGACUGUGAAGACGGAAGUGACGAGAACGCUUGUUUCGUAAACCCUGUAGAGUGUGGUCUAUCCCCACGAGUAAGAAACAGAAUCGUAGGAGGUAUCGAAAGUCCACCACAUGCUUGGCCGUGGAUGGUUAGCUUGUCUUGGACAGGAGGAUCACAUUUCUGCGGUGGCAGUUUGGUCCAUCCCCAGUGGGUUUUAACUGCCGCGCAUUGCGUGGACGAUACUACAGCGGGUGCUGUUAUGGUGCGGAUUGGUGCACAUGAUUUAUUAGACCCAAAUGAACCUGGUGCAGUUUCACAAUAUUUGGACUCCAUCCAUGUGCAUGCGCAAUAUGACGAUUCAACUAAGAACAACGACAUUGCUUUGCUUAAAUUGGCAAACCCUGUUGAUCUGACUGACCAAAUUACGUUGAUCUGUUUGCCUAUGUACGAGGGUGAAGAGCUAUUGGAUGGCCACCACUGCAAUGCCACUGGCUGGGGCGUGACGUCAUUUGGUGGCAGCGUUAGCAGUGUUCUAAUGCAAGUCGGCACACCAUACAUUGGGACGGAGACGUGUCGUAGUGCGACCAGUUACUCAACAGAAGAUAUAACGGAUAAAAUGAUCUGCGCUGGUGCACCGGGGAAAGAUUCAUGUCAGGGGGACUCGGGUGGACCGCUAGUAUGCAGAUUUCCCAUCGCUGGAGCCGAGGAAGAGGAACACUAUGUGCGGUGGAAACAAAUGGGUGUCACUAGCUGGGGUGUCGGAUGUGCAGAACCUGGCUACCCAGGCGUCUACGCCAAAACCUCGGUCUUCGUCAGUUGGAUUCAACAAAUAAUAAAUGGAAACUGAUGCAACUCGAAAAAAAGUUUAUUGAUAAAUCAUGAAAAUAUUAGAGAGUUUAACUCUAACUUAUUAGGGCCUCUUUUGGUAGUUUUGAAUGAAUACUAUGAACGUGGUUUAUCUUUAUGGGUUAAAUAAAAGUAUACUGCAACUGUGAAAAUGUUAUAAUCAGCGUAAUUAUCAUUGUCUAUUUUGAGAUAGGCCUAAUAAAAAUAUUAUCUGUUUAACGUUUCGUUAAAAAUAAUCCUUGGAUACUUUUACUAGUCGUUGUGUCUUUACAACUUCUU